AUGGACCGUCCAUGCAACGCUGCUGCUGGUAACCCGACGGAGGGUAACCUUUCGGAUGAGUAUGGGGAAUCGCUGGCGGCGGGUUACAGCGAAGAUGGUUACCGAUUUCGUAGCAUUCCGUCGCGUGAAACCAUAGAGCUGAGCUUCCAGAAUGGUGACGAGUGCGGAAGCCUUUUCGAGUUCGACGCGGGGAACCAUGAGUUUGGGCUCGAGUGGAACCAUGACGUGGCAGACCAUGACGAGGCAGACCGUGACGUGUCAGGGCUCAACGUGGCAGACGUGGCAGACCAUGACGUGGCAGACCAUGACGUGGCUGGCCAUCACGAUACAGGCCAUGACGUGGCGCAUCCCAAGGAGCCAAGUUGUGACGCGAAAGACCACACGGCGAUCGACCAAGGGGUGGGGACCUCAGUGGAAGAUCGGGGAAAGAUGCUGCACGAAAUGUCGUUGAAAGGGGAUAUGAAUUGCGCUGGGCGGCGAGAUUCAGGACAGGAGAAGAAGGAGGAAGAGAAGAGGGAUGAAGGGGAGAGGGAAUUGGCGGAAGAACUGAUGGGGGAGUUGAUGGGCCAGGGAGACGAAACGCUAGUGGAUGUAGGGAGGUGUGUGGCGGUGAGCUUAUGUGCGUCUAUCAGAGGGAUGGAGAUGGGUGCUGAGGGCAAUGGAACAACGGCAAGCCAUGAUGGCAUGGUGGGCGGUCGUGGCAUGGGUGCUGAUGGUGCAACUGGGAACCAUGAUAGCAUGCAUGGCAUGGUGAUGGUCGACGGUCAUGUCAUGGGUGCUAGUGAUGGUGCCAUAGGUAUGGGUGCUGGUGAUGAUGCCAUGCUGACCCAAAAUGGCAUGGAUGGUAUCAGUGCAUGUGUGAUUGCUCCUGGCCGUAGCUGGUCGUUUGGUAAUUCGGAGUGGAUGGGUGGUGGUGGUCUGGAAGUGGGCGGCAGUGGUGGUCUGGAAGUGGGCGGCAGUGGUGGUCUGGAAGUGGGCGGCAGUGGUGGUCUGGAAGUGGGCGGCAGUGGUGGUCUGGAAGUGGGCGGCAGUGGUGGUCUGGAAGUGGGCGGCAGUGGUGGUGAGAUGGAUGCUGAUGGUAGGGGUACGAGUGCAAGUAAUAAGUUCGGUGAUUUGGAGUGGAUGGGCGGCAGUGGUCCGGCAGUGGGCGGCAGCAGUGGGCGGCAUGGGAUGGAUACUUUGCAGCAGGGUCAGCAAGCAAGAGGCAUUCGUGGUGCAGGCAGGGGGAGAGCGUGGAGGGAGGGUGGGAGUGCACGGAAGAGAGUGAAAAUGUUGCGUGCUUUUGACCCACUGCAUGCCGCCCUGACUGUCCCCACAGGGAUGGUUGCUCCUUUCACAGACAAGGCUGGGCCCUGUACGGGAAUGACCGCAGCAGAGGGCACAUCUGAGGUUCAUGUGCGGCAGAUGCUGCAUGCUUUUGACCCACUGCGUGCCGCCCUUGUGGCAGACUGCGCUGGGAACCCUCCUGCAGACUCUGCUGCUCCUGGCGUCUUACCUGCUCCACUUAAGAAUCUGACGGAACUUGCCCCGUUUGCUGCAAUCCACUGGUUCAGGUCUCGGCUCAACUGCGUGCUAAGUAAGACACUUAAGGCAAGAAGUCCCUCGUUCCACGUUACUGCUGAAGCUGCACCUGCAAGCAACCAGCCCAGACAGCCCUUCCUGCCAUCGCAGAAGCUUCUGCUCCCUUCCACGCCUCUGCAGCCACCGCCUCUGCUGCUACCGCAGCCAGCGCUGCCAAUAACACCUGCUCCAGGUGCACCUACCCUGAUGCCACCACGUCCGGGAUCCGCUGUGCCUAUCUGUCCAGUAUCAUCUCCAUUACUAUCACCACUGCUACCAUCACCACCACUAUUGUCACCAGCGCUACCGUCCCCACCGCUGCCAGCAAAUCACAUAAGCCCUUCUCACUGCAUCAGUGGCAAGAGGGAGAGGAGGAGGAAGGAGGGGAGGGAGCGGCGAGCAGUGAGUGCGAGGGAGCAGCUGGGGUUGUCUGGAGCCAGGGGGGCUCUGCCGCAAGCUGCCGCCCAGAAGAUGCUGCAGUGGCUGGUGGCACAUUGGGAUAACCCGAAACCAUCAAAAGAAGAGAAGAUGGAGUUUAUGACUGCAUUCAACAUUACGAAAAAGCAGGUUGAAGACUGGUUUGUGAAUGCUCGAGCACGGCUGUGGAAGCCGCUG